AACCAGUGGUCAAAAGAGGGGCCCACUGGAGGUCACAGGCCAGGAGGGACCCUUUUGGGUUCUGGCGAAGUGCCAGGCUUUUUGCUCACCCCUUGGGGUGUAUGAGGCCCCUAAGUCUCAUGCCCCCCUUUCCCAGUUUUGCAGGUUAUAAGCCAGAGGCCAGGUGGAUCACCUGCCAAAAGUCUGUCAGCAUUCUGGGGAGUUCCGAAAGGGCCUGGGAGUGGGGAGAGGAUUGCACUCUGAGUAAGGGUUUCCAGCAGGGAGACUGCUUGUGGACUGGGGGAGUCACUUUACCAGGACAACAGGACAGUUCCCAUGUCCUCUGAGAUGCACUGCCUGACCAUGCCCACGCUGCUGCGGGCCCUGGCCCAGGCUGUGCGCACAGGACAUCCCAGUGGCCGGAGCCUUCAUAGCAGCACAGUGGCAGCGACCUACAUACUGAAAAAAACAAAGGAUGAUGGUAGAGAUGGACCGAGAUUCCUGGGAGCAGAUCUGCAUUGCAGUGAGUAUGUGAACCUGCAGGAACCCGAGAUGGACAUGAAGUCGAUAACCGACCGGGCAGCGAGGACCCUGAUGUGGACUGAGCUCUUCCGAGGCCUGGGCAUGACCCUGAGCUACAUGUUCCGGGAGCCGGCCACCAUCAACUACCCGUUUGAGAAGGGCCCGCUGAGCCCGCGCUUCCGUGGGGAGCAUGCGCUGCGCCGCUACCCGUCUGGGGAGGAGCGUUGCAUCGCCUGCAAGCUCUGCGAGGCCGUCUGCCCUGCCCAGGCCAUCACCAUCGAGGCUGAGCCCAGGGCUGACGGCAGCCGCCGGACCACCCGCUAUGACAUCGACAUGACCAAGUGCAUCUACUGUGGCUUUUGCCAGGAGGCCUGCCCUGUGGAUGCUAUCGUUGAGGGUCCAAACUUCGAGUUCUCCACGGAGACGCACGAGGAGCUGCUGUACAACAAGGAGAAGCUGCUGAACAAUGGGGACAAGUGGGAGGCCGAGAUAGCGGCCAACAUCCAGGCCGACUACCUCUACCGGUGAACUGGCGGAGCACCCGGGCCCCUGCUGCCAAUAAAAGAGCCCCAUCUCCC